AUGUGUAAUGUCCCUGAAGGAUCGAGUCAAGCGGAUUGGCUUUUCACAAAAGCCAAAGUCUCCCUGGCGGUGGCUAUAAUAAAGAACAAGCCGCUGGGUAUGAGUGGCAGAGAGUAUGCUGAGGCUUUGGCCUGCAGGUUGAAAACACAGGAUGAAAGCUGGAAGGAAAAGGCCCAGGGGCUGCAGCUGGAGGUGCUGAGGCUGCGGCAGGAAUUACUGAUCAGGAGAGUGACGUCAAACAUGCAGAGCAGCACGGAGGCUGCAGGUUAUGACAACACAAUGGACCCUUCGCAGGAUCUGUUCGGUCCAGUAAGUGCAGCGUGCAGCGCAGACUUUGCACCAGGCUGCGACUCUGAGACUCCUGAUUUCUUGCAACAGGACCCCCAACCUGAACUCCUUCCACAGGACCCUCAACCUGAACUCCUUCCACAGGACCCUCAACCUGAACUCCUUCCACAGGACCCCCAACCUGCCCUCACUCUACCUCAGCCGCCAUUUCCCUCCAGCCAUUGUGGAUUUCCUCGUGGGGAAUCCAUGCUUCCCCAUGUGCAGUUCCUCCAGUCGCUGUGCGCCCUGCACCGAGUAGAAGGGACCAGCAGAGGCCUGGAGUCGCUGUGGUUCAGCCCUGAUGGGGGUGCAGGCUCAGUGUUGGCAGACUCUGUGUGCCAGCUGCUGGACUCGGUGGUGGCGCUGUGCGGGAAUCCCCCUCCGCUGGGACCCGGGGUGUUGGUCCUGCAGGCCUGCAGGGUCGCGGCGCAAGCGAUGGACCUGUUCUGCUCUCAGAGGCUGCCGUCGGUAGAGUUCAUGAGACGUGUGGAGGGGUCACUGAGGGAGCUGACCGAGCUGCUGCUGCUGCACAGUAAUCAGCCCAACAGGCUCCAGGCUGCAGAGAAGCUGAUGGAGUACCUGAUGACGCUGGGGAGCAGCAACAUGUCCAGGUCCUUUCUCAUCCGUCACAUCCUCUCUCGAAUCAGCGCCCUGGCUGAUCAGCUGUGGCGGGCCUUCCAGGAGCAGGACGACUUCCCCUUGGACCAGCAUCAGAACUCGUGCUACCUGUUCUGGAUCCUGGAGGAGCUCCUGCAGAACUCAAAGGUACCGUGCAGGGUGGAGGUGGGGGCGGAGAAGACGGGCUUCCUCAGGCACUUGGAGCGUCGCGCCUUCCUGCUGUCGGAUGAGUUCCCCUUGUUUGGCCUCUGCAUGUGGAGGAUCGGAGGCUUCCUCGCUGCCUCCGACAGAUGACAUCUGAUGCUGAGCCUUUAAACCGGACUGCGAUCAAUCCAUUAAUAAUUAUCCACCUCAUGUCAGGCUGAGAGAACUGACACUGAACACGAGAGUCUGGAUGGACGAAAGGUCGAAGCUUCUCGUCGUGAAUAACAAACGUAUUCAGCGAGGAUUUUAGUUUUUAUGUUAGUGUGAUUAAUGUCCAGCAGCGUAGCGUUAGUUCUGUAAGUGCUAUUACUGCACAG